UCCUGUCCAACAGGGGAGGGCUGAAAGCAGGAGCUACAGCUGCAGUUACACUAUCUGAUAGCUACUGAACUGAACCUCCUGGGCCACACUAGCAACGCUGUUGCUCCGUGGAACCAUUCGGCCAUUUUUUCCUCCACAUUUCUUGGAGCACUUACUUUCUGCACUUUCUGCAAGCGCUUUACUUUCCCCGGCUUUGUUUUUUUUGUUGCACGUCUCGCAUCGAGUGUGUUUUCCCGGACGGGCCGUAAGGAAUCGAGUUGGCCAUGGCCUUCCUUGGGAGUGUAGUUCGGCGAGUGGCGUCGGCAGUUCGGCCUCCUCUGUCUCCGUUGUGCCGGCUGAGCUCUCGGGCCUACAGCUCAGAGCACACCAAGGAGAAGAAUGUUCCCUAUAAGAAGACACUGAAACAGGCGGAUGGAGCUUCUUCUGGACCUACUAAGCCUUUACCCAAGUCGGCCGAUGCGGUGGUGAUCGGAGGAGGCAGUCUGGGCUGUCAGACCAUCUACCACCUGGCUAAGAUGGGGAUGACCAAUGUGGUUCUGCUGGAGAGAGACAGACUAACUUCUGGCACCACCUGGCACACUGCAGGUCUGCUGUGGCAGCUCCGUCCCAGCGAUGUCGAGGUGGAGCUUUUGGCCCACACCAGGAAUGUGGUCUGCAAAUACCUGGAGGAGGAGACGGGUCUCCACACAGGCUGGAUCCAGAACGGAGGAGUCUUCGUCGCUUCCAACAAACAGAGGCUGGACGAGUACAAGCGCCUCAUGUCGCUGGGUAAAGUUUAUGGUAUCGAGUCUCAUGUCCUGUCACCUGCUGAGACCAAGGACCUGUAUCCUCUGAUGAACACAGACGACCUGUAUGGAACGCUGUAUGUUCCAACGGAUGGCACCAUGGACCCUGCAGGAACUUGCACCGCAUUGUCCAGAGCUGCCUCCGCCAGGGGAGCCACGGUGAUCGAGAACUGCCCUGUGACUGGUAUCCAAGUGCGGACAGAUGACCUCGGGGUGAAGAAGGUGAAGGCAGUGGAGACCGCUCAUGGAACCAUAGAGACGCCUUGUGUGGUGAACUGUGCAGGUGCGUGGGCCACCAAACUGGGGGAAAUGGCCGGAGUCAAGGUUCCUCUCGUUGCGAUGCAUCAUGCCUACGUGGUGACAGAGAGGAUUGAAGGCAUUCAGAACAUGCCAAAUGUCAGGGAUCACGAUGCGUCCGUGUACCUUCGACUCCAAGGCGAUGCCCUGUCUGUGGGUGGCUAUGAGCACAACCCCAUCUUCUGGGAUGAGGUGUCCGAUAAGUUUGCCUUCAGCCUGUUUGACCUGGACUGGGAUGUAUUCAUGCAGCAUAUCGAGGGCGCAGUCAACAGAGUUCCUGUUCUGGAGCAAACCGGCAUUAAAUCCACCGUCUGUGGACCAGAGUCAUUCACCGCAGACCAUAAGCCUCUGAUGGGAGAAGCUCCAGAGGUCAGAGGUUACUUCCUGGGCUGCGGCUUCAACAGUGCUGGUAUGAUGCUGGGAGGAGGCUGCGGGAGAGAGCUGGCUCACUGGGUCAUACAUGGCCGCCCCGAAAAGGACAUGUACGGAUAUGACAUCAGGCGCUUUCAUAACUCGCUGACAGGCAACAGCCGCUGGCUCAGAGAGAGGAGCCACGAGUCGUAUGCUAAAAACUACUCGGUGGUGUUCCCGUUUGAUGAGCCGCUGGCCAGCCGGAACAUGAGGAGGGACCCUUUACAUCAGGUGCUGACAGAACAAGGCUGUGUGUUCCAGGAGCGACAUGGCUGGGAGAGACCUGGCUGGUUCAACAAAGACGGACCUGCUCCUCUUAAAGACUAUGAUUACUAUGGGUCUUAUGACAUUAAGAAGAAUGUAAACUACAAAUACAACGAGCUGCUGAACAAAGAGUACACCUUUGGAUUCCCUCCGCAUCACGAUGUGAUUAAGAGUGAGUGCCUUUCAUGUAGACACAGUGUGGCUGUGUUUGACAUGUCCUACUUUGGAAAGUUCUAUCUCACUGGACCAGGCAAGAAGGCAGCUGAUUGGUUGUUCACAGCUGAUGUCAACAAGAAGCCAGGCUCCACAGUGUAUACCUGCAUGUUGAAUAAAAGAGGAGGAGCAGAGGCCGACCUGACAGUGAGCCGACUGGAGGCUGGUGCUGCCAACCUGCCCCUGGCACCAGAAUCCAACGGUGAUGCGUACUACCUGGCCAUCGGAGGCGGUGUAGCAGAACACAACUGGAACCACAUUAGAUCAGUUCUUCAAGACCAAGGCUUCCGCUGCCAGCUGACAGACCACUCUGAGGACAUGGGAAUGAUCAGCAUUCAGGGACCCAAGAGCCGAGAGGUUUUACAAGAGGUUUUGGACACGGACCUGAGUAAUGAAGCUUUCCCCUUCUCUAGCCACAAAGUUGUCAACGCAGCAGGACAUCAGGUUCGAGCCAUGCGUCUGUCUUUCGUUGGAGAGCUGGGAUGGGAGCUGCACAUUCCCAAAGACUCCUGCCUUCCCGUCUACAACGCCGUCACGGCCGCUGGCGCAAAACACGGCAUCAUCAACUCCGGCUACAGAGCCAUCGACUCGCUCAGCAUAGAGAAAGGGUACAGACAUUGGCACGCCGACCUGCGCCCCGAUGACACACCCCUGGAGGCGGGACUUGCCUUCACCUGCAAACUCAAGAGUUCCAUCCCAUUCCAGGGUCGCGACAGGCUGGAGAAACAGAAGGAGGAAGGACUGAGGAGGCGCAUCGUCUGCUUCACCACCGAUGAAAAAGUUCCGAUGUUUGGUCUGGAGGCCAUUUUCCGCAACGGAGUUCCUGUAGGUCACCUUCGACGUGCUGACUACGGCUUCUUUAUCGACAAAACUAUUGCUUACGGAUACAUCCGCAACCCUGAUGGAGGCGUGGUCAGCGCCGACUUCAUAAAGAGCGGCGAGUUUACCCUGGAAAGGAUGGGAGUGGUAUACAAGGCCAAGGCCCAUCUCAAAUCCCCGUUUGACCCUGAGAAUAAACGCGUCAAGGGCAUCUACGCUUGAGAGGGACCACACGUGUAAAAACUGAAUAAAACACGCUGGCUUGAAAAAAACAUGUAAGUUGAGGAGAUUUGCUGUGUUUUUUUACAUGCGGGUGCAGUUGUUUUUAGUCUUUACAUCUCUCAAAUACAAGCAAAUGUUUAUCAUUUUAUACUCUAUGUGUCAUUUGGUGCGACUGAAAUGAUGAAACCUUGAUUGCCAUUUAAAAUGUAGUUUGUCAUAGAUGGUGUAAAAUCUGCUUCAGAGUGGUUAGAAUCUGGUUUGAAUGAGUGCCAGUGUUGUUUAGUGAAAGAUCCUAUGUAAGUAGUGUCACUAUUGUACUAAUUUAAGAUGUAAACCAGUCCUGUUCUCUCUAAGAAUCACAGCAUUUGUGUUUUUGGUUAAAAUGAAAAAGGUUGUGGUCAAAUAGUCUAAACUCUGUCCUCGACCUUGUUGGAAAAACAUCAUGAGGUCAAGGAAAAAUGUGAAUCAAGAAGAACGUAAGAGCGGUGCUAAGAGAUAGGGAUUGACUGAUAUGGGUUGAUUUCUAUUGGGAUUUUUUUUGUAAAAGCCAAUACCAAUGCCAAAAACAAUAUUUGGAACCGAUAUACAUUAAAUGUAAUGUUUUAACAGCAUGUGAUAACAAGACUUCUUCAUUAAUAAGGGUGGCUAUGACUGAAAAUGUAAGAUAGAAACAGAAGUGGUGAAAUUAGGAUGCUGUUUAUGUGGGAUCGACUGAGAUUGAUCAUUGAUCUUCUAUAUUUUCUUAAUCUUUAACUGUUCUGUCACUUUUAUUGCCCACCAUAUCUUACAGAAUUAUCAAUUGUUUGCCAGACACCUUUUCAGGUUAAUCUGUAGCUGCUUUCUAACUGAGCCACUAGCCGUUAGCUUAGCUUUAGCCGCUGUUAGAGAAGCUAAUCUCCUGAUUUUUGGCAACAGAUUGUUUUUUGAGAUACAUUUCUGAGACCAAAGAGUGAUGACAGACAGAGAGAGGAGGCUGCAUUAGACCUGAAGUAGCGUAUUUAAUUUAUCAAUAAUCAGUCAAAAAAAAAUACUGGACCUGAUAAUUUUACCAUUGCCAAAUAUCGGCCAUGAUAAUCAAUCAGGCUGAUAAUCGGUCUAUCCCUGUUAUGACAAUCCAAAUGCAGGAAUAGAUCUUGACUUGAUAGAUCUUGAUGACACAGCAUCAUCUCCUCUCCUUUCAUAAAGGAUGUGCCAGUGGAUCGUGUGCUAAAGUAGAUAAGAAAUUAAAUAUUUAAGUAUUUAUCAGGGGUCCAACUCGGAAACUCUAACUUCCAGCUCAUUAUAGAUUUAGGAACCUUCUCAACCAAAAGGAAAAAAAGACUAUUUGACCACAACCCAACUUUGCUUUCACCUUUCCUGGAAUGAUCAUUAAGACUCAAAUAACUGUUUAUAUUCAAUUUGAUACCAGUUUUAGCAGAAAUAACAAAACUGAACAACCACCUAGAGUCAAAUCUAGCUAAGUCUUAAUGGAUUUUUAAUGCCUUCCUACUAAUUACCUGGGCAAAGUCUUAAUCUUCCCAGCAGCUGGAAUAGCUAUGAACUCUUUGGACAGUAUUCAUUCAAAAAUGAUUGUAGAUGUGGGUCAUGUUGAGUUUGUAAUCAAACGGCUAAAAAAAAGUGGUUCUAAAUGCAUGUGUGUUUACUCAAAGUAAAUACCAUAAAUUCUCAAUUAGUGGCCAGGUCCUUUGUGUACUGUAGCUGAAGAGAAAACUAGAAACUCCCUAAUAUUAGAGUCAAGCUAUUAAUUCUAAUUUUGUCCUCACAGUGCCCCACAGUAUAUUACAUAAUAUUGUGGCGCUGCGUGUUUCAUCUCUAAUUUAUCCUACGAGGCCACAGAGGCUCCGUAUUAGGAAGUGAAAGUAUUCUCAAACUGCUCAGCCGCCCUGCAGGCAGCUGGAGUCAGACUACACUGACUGAUGUUUGUGCUGAUAAAAUGACUUUUACUUGCUUGUAUGCAAUCUAAAUCGGAGGCAGACAGCUUGAGCGUUUAUUAGAUGGAAAAGGGGAGGGGAAAAAACACCCCGAGGUGCAGAGUACCGGGGGACAAAACAUUUCCUGAAGAAGAAAAGACAGAAGAAGACAACAGUUAUCAGACCGAAGCUGUUCUGGAUGGAACCUCUUUUGUUUCCCAUCCGUCCCCGUGCUCUCCGGGGCUAAUCUGCCGUCGCUGCUGUUUGCAAACUCACUCAUUUUAGUUUAUUUAUUUAGCAGAUGCAUUGUUUUUUCAUGAGGCUAUCCAUCAAUUCAAGCAUCGCUAAAAGCUUAGCGUUUUAUCGUACCGUGGUGCUACAUCAGAAUCAGCAUUUUGUGUAUUUGCCUCAGCAGUUGAAGGAGCGUAAUUGCGUCUCAUUUUUACCUGGAUUACUUUAAUUGUGAAGCAGCAGCAGGAGGCAGUGAGCAACAGAGCAUUAGGAGCUGCUGCAGCCACAUUAAUUAUUAGCUUCAGUUGAAAAUAUCAGUAGAGAAAGGACGGUAUUAGUAGAAAUCAUGUAAUUAAUAUUGUGAGAAAAUUGAAAAUGUAGCUUAAGCUGAAUCUGCUGACUUUGUACAUCGUUAGGACAGGCCCUUACUUGAGAAUUGUUGGAGACUUUUAGUGCCUUUAAAAAAUCUGUGUGUUCUGUGACAUCCCAUGUUUGUUUGAAUAAAAAAAUCUUAAGCCGCAAAAACAAGAGAAAUCGCCAGUUUAGCACCUUUGACUUCCGUCUUUAAUGCAGGUGCUGGGAUGUACGGGAAUAAUUUUCUUAGUUUGUCACUUUUUAUAGAAUUAUCAAAAAAUGAUGCUUUCCAUCUUUGUUUAACUUACACUACUACGCUUAAGACUGAACAAACACCAAAGUUGGUCUGGCACGCUGUGAACAGCAGUGGGAAAGAAAAACAAGUGUGUCUAAGUAAAAGCAGCAUUUGUAUGUAUGACUCCUGCUUCCCUCUCGGAUGUUUGCUGCUGCACGUUCAGCACAAAAUGUUUACUAAUGUGGAAUGAUUCAUUGAUUCUGCCCAGAAGGCCAUUAAUCAUUGAAAUGGUUGUUCUCAGGAGUAGCUUAGGUUAAUAACAAGAUUUAUAUGGAAAAUGUGAAACACAUUGAUAAAACACUACUUCUACAAUGUGCCCAGAGGUUUUUUUUCCCUCUGGUGUGAUUUAUAUAAUUUCAGUUCCUUCCAUAGUGUGACAUGAAUAUUGCUCGCCAACGAUUCUUAAGCACAAAAACAUUGAAAAAAUUGCUGAUUGUUUGGAUUAUGCAUUUAUUGUUGUUGCUUUAGGAGAAAAUCUGAAGGCUGUGAUGAUCAAAGAGUAAGGAUUAAUCCAGACUCAUUUAUUCUGUGCAAAGGAAUUUGUGUAUUAAUAAAUUUCUCUUUACCCUUAAA